AUGUAUGCGUGUUUCACCGUUUAUAUCGUCAGUGCCGCUGCCAAAACCGGGCAUCUAGAGUCGCCUCCGACGUCAGGGGACAUUGUGGCUCAUCAUUCGGUCCACGGAUGCCGGUACCUGGCCCUCUCAAUAGAUGAAAGAUAUGACGUUUGGCGGGGUUCCAGGAAUAACUCUAGCCGGCCAACCGUUGGAUCGGCGACAAGCGCACCAUCGGCGAUCCCUGUCAGACGCCAAUCAGUGUCCGGCUCCGCCGACACUACUGCGACCAAAUAG